AUGGUGUGGGCAGUGUUCUUCGAAGCAGAUAUUAAAACACUGGCCUAUGACAGUCGUGGAUCAAUCCCAGUGUCUAUCCCUCCGGAGCUGUGUGGCCUCAUGACGCAGCUGUGCUUCACAAUUUUGAGCCUGUUUCUCCAUCUGCAUGAUAUCCACAGUGCAGCUUCCAGGACUCGAGGAGCCACCACAGGCCGGCUGCCUCGGAGCAUGCCUGGUGCCCACCACUCACUUGUGAUGCUGCCAACUCCCCUGCUGUCAGCUUCCCUAAAAGCACCCACAUCACGCCUCCCUGAGAUCCUGUUCGCCUGUCCCUCCCGCCCACUGAAUGGCCGGCAGCACCCACUGCUGCUCCAGCUUCUCCCAAGACACAGACUCAAAGGCAAGAAUGGGGGCCAUCUGGAAGGGCCACGUGAGGGAGGUGGAGAGGAAGGCAGUGCUGUCCCAGUGAGACCUCGCUUUGAGUGGAACCCUGGCUCAACCACGAGGAAGCCACUUGGCGUCCCUGUACCCGUUUCGUUGUAUUUGGCACGUGGCCACAGGCAACAAGGGCACCUGGGGAGCUGCUGUGCACCUGCCACAAAUUUAUCAGACAGAAAGAACCCCCUUCUCCCUCCAAACGGCCUGUAUCUUCCUGAGCUGUCACUGAAAGCCACCAUGGUGCUGCUUACUGCCUCCAGGGCGCGGUGCCAACGUGCCUGCUGGACUGCUUCAAAGCCAUUCCAUCCCAGAAACCUGCUCUGCCUGGCCCUGCACCUCACCCAUCCCCACGCACAGUCCCGGCGCCUCUGCGCUUCUCUCACCUCCCAGCACGCGUGACCUUCUGGGCAGACCUACCACAGUCUACCACACUGCAGAAUCCCACCUUGAGCACAGGAGCUGCACUCUGAGCUCCUAAACGGGAGAUUUCCUUCAAUAAAGGGUUCCUGCAGAAAUGUUCUAAAAGGAUCACAUCUUCCACAUUCGUAAGAAUUUUUUAUUAUUAUUAUUUAGAAAUGCAGUUAUA